UACUUUUAACAUUUUCCGCCUUAAAAACAGUAAGAACGACGGAGUGGAGUCAUUUAAGUUUUGGAAAUUCAUUUAUCAUAAAGUUGUCGGUACUCUGUGUGUGUUUGUUUCUGUUAAAGAUAAAGGCUUUUAUAUUCAAAUAUAGCAUGAAAUGUUUCAGAAGUUGCUGAAUGACCGGCCCAGGCGAAUGAGGACCAAGCAAGACUUCUGAGAGAAGAUAACAUGACAAGGAAGAUGCAUGUUAAAUCCUUCAAAACUGUCUUGUGAAACGCAGCUCAUAUGGCGGCACCCAGUGUUUAAAUACUUUAGGAUCAUUUAACGUGUCUGGAAAAACAUUACCAUGAGUGAGUCUAGUGAAACCGUAGAUAAUGUCACAUCUGGCCAUAAGGACAAAGACAGUGGCAGCUGCUCUUCUACCGAACUUGAAAGUGUUGAGGUUCAUCAGCAGAAGAGAGCUACCUCUCCAGUGUUCAGCAAUGUUUCUAUGAAGAGUGAUGCAUCAAUGGAUCCUCCAGUUAAAUUCCAGAAGGAAGAUCAAAGUCUGCCGGAAGAUUGGCUUGGUUCUUCUGCUCACACCCAUGUGUCUGUUCGGAGUAACUGGUCAAUGGAGCCACCAACUAAUCUCCAUAUGGAUGAUUCUCCUAUCCAACAACAAGAGCAGCCCACAGAAUUGCACCACCAAUCAACCCCAAGGACACAAAUGGCCUCUGCUGCUAUUUUGCGGCAACUUCAGCGCAAUGUGAUCAUGUUUGUAAAGAAGGAACUGCAAAACAUCAACACUGUUUUGAACCCUCUUCUCCCAGAGUGUACAGAGAGUCCACCAGAUGAAGAAGACAAAUGUGCUUUUGAAGCCAAAGAAGCAACAGUCAAAAUCACAUUACAUAUUUUGAAGUGUAUGAAGGAGCAAAGCCUCUUUGACAAACUGCUUCAAUUUCAUCAAAUUGGUGCUUGUCAGCAAAAGCUUAAAUCCAGUUUGAAGAACAGGAGCCAGUGUAUAUUUGAAGGUAUUGCUAAGCAAGGAAAUCCAACCCUACUCAACAAGAUCUUCACAGAGCUCUACAUCACAGAAGGAGGGAUUGGAGAAGUCAAUAACGAGCAUGAGGUGAGACAGAUUGAGACUGCAUCCUGGACACCAGAGACACAGGAAACACCAAUCAAAUGCAAUGACAUCUUCAAAGCCUUACCUGGACAAAACAAACCCAUCAGAACUGUGCUGACUAAAGGAGUUGCUGGCAUUGGAAAAACAGUCUCUGUGCAGAAGUUUGUUCUGGACUGGGCUGAAGGAAAAGCCAACCAAGAUGUUCAUUUCGUGUUUCCAUUGCUUUUUCGAGAGCUGAAUUUGAUUGUCAAAGAGCAGUACUCACUGGAGCAACUUGUUUAUUUGUUCUUCAGAGAAACUGAGGGAUUCAAAGUUUCAAACUUUGAGAACUACAAAGUCAUAUUCAUCUUCGAUGGCUUGGAUGAGUGUCGAUUGCCUCUUGAUUUUAGGAACAACAAAAGGUGCUCUGAUAUAACAGAACAGGCCUCUGUGGAUGUGCUGCUGACCAAUCUCAUCAAGGGCAAUCUGCUUCCAUCCGCUCUCCUCUGGAUCACCUCUCGACCAGCAGCAGCCAUUCAGAUCCCUCCUGAGUGUGUUGACCAGAUCACAGAGGUACGAGGAUUCAAUGACCCUCAGAAGGAUGAGUAUUUCAGGAAGAGAAUAAAUGAUCAGAAUCUGGCCAACAGAAUCAUCUCACACAUGAAAUCAUCAAGGAGCCUUUACAUCAUGUGCCACAUCCCAGUCUUCUGCUGGAUUUCAGCCACUGUUCUAGAGAGGAUGUUGAGUGACAAAGAGAGUUGUCAGAUGCCCAAGUCUCUAACUGAAAUGUACACACACUUCCUGAUCUUCCAGACAUUACAGAUGAAAGACAAGUACAAGGAACUGCAUCACUCGGAUCCAAACUUGAGUAGAAGCAACAUCCUGUCACUUGGAAAACUGGCCUUCCAGCAACUGAGGAAAGGUUUUGUGAUCUUCUAUGAAGAAGACCUGAUAGAGUGUGGAAUUGAUGUCAAGGAUGCGUCACUAUAUUCAGGACUUUGCACCCAGAUCUUCAGGGAGGAGUUUGGUCUGUACCAAAGAAAGGUCUUUUGUUUUGUGCAUCUGAGUUUCCAAGAGUAUCUUGCAGCUUUGUUUGUUCACCUUCACUGGUUUACAACUCAAAAGUCCAAUAGCGAUGAACUGAAGAUACCAUUCCAAGACACAGACUUUGGGGAGCUCUGCAUGGAUUCAUCUCUGUUUGACUUACACAAGAGUGCUGUAAAUCAGGCUUUAAAGUCAAAUAAUGGGCACUUCGACCUUUUCCUCCGCUUCCUCCUUGGCCUUUCACAGGAGCGCAGUGAGACCUUGUUUCGCCACCUUUCAAUACAAAUAGGACACAUCACAACCAGCAAUGAGAACACAGUCACGUACAUAAAAGAAAAGCUUGGGACAGGUCUUAGCCCUGAGAGGUCCAUCAAUCUAUUCCACUGCCUCAAUGAACUGAAUGACCACUCUCUUGUCAAGGAAAUUCAAACGUACCUUCACUCUGGAAGACUUUCAAAGGAGGUACUUUCAAAUGCGCUGUGGUCGGCUCUGGUCUUUGUGCUGCUCACCAGUGACGAGGGACUGGAGGUUUUUGAUUUGAGAAAAUUCUUCAAAUCAGAUGAGUGUCUUUUCAAGCUUCAUCCCGUUAUCAAAGCCAGUCGGACUGCCAUAUUGUCCUCAUGUAAUCUGACAAAGAAGAGCUGUUCAGCUUUGGCGUCUGUUCUCGACUCCAAUCCCAAUGUCUUGAGAGAACUGGACCUCAGUUUCAAUGAACUUGAAGACAGUGGGCUGAAAAGUCUCUGCUCUGGGCUGAGGAGUCUACAUUGCAAACUACAGACGCUAAAACUGGAGUUUUGUGGACUCAGAAGAGAGAGCUGUUUAGCCCUUGUUGCUGCUCUUAAGUCAAACCCAUCACAUCUUAAGGAGUUGGACCUGAGCAACAAUAACAUUGGAAAUGAUGCUGCAACUCGGAUUUUGGGUUUGGUGCCUGACUGCGGGCUGGAGACUCUUAGGCUUUCAGGCUGUGGGAUCACAAAGGAGGCCUGUGCUUUCCUCACAUCUGCACUGAGUUCAAAACCGUGCCAACUUAAGAAACUGGACUUAAGUGAUAAUAAACUUUGGGAUUUAGGAGUUGGGAUGUUUUCUGAAUUACUUGCAAACCCAAACUGUAACCUUCAAGAGUUGAGAUUAGAGAGAUGUAAUUUUACAUAUAAAAGUUGUGGGCUCGGUCUGGAGAACUCUUGUCUCAGAGCUCUAGAUCUUUCUGACAAUGAAGUGCAGGAUUCUGGGAUGAAGCUGCUCAUGAACUCACUGAAGGAUCCAUCCUGUAAACUUGAGAAAUUAAGGCUGUCAUGUUGCAGACUGACGGAUAAGGGUUUCUCAUUUCUGGCUUCAGCUUUGAGAUCAAACCCCUCUGGCCUGAAAGAGCUUGAUUUGAGCAAAAAUUUCCCAGCGUGCACUGGAAUAAUGCAGCUUUUUACGGUUCUUGGAGAAAACUGUGGUCUCCAAAAGUUGUGUCUGGACUUUUGUGACCUCACUCCAGAUAUGUGUGGUUUAGCAGCUACAGGUCUAAGCCAAAACUUAAACCUGAAGGAGUUGAACCUAAGCAACAACAACCUAGAAGAUAAAGGUGUUCGGUUGCUCUGCCUUGGACUACAGGAAGGCACUUGUGCAAUGAAGACUUUGAAAUUAUCCAACUGUGGUCUCACUGACAGCAGCUCUCAAUACUUGGCUUCACUUCUUAGUUGUCAGUCCAUAUCUGUUGAGCUGGAUCUGAGCAGAAACAACAUCAGCCAGCAGGUGGAGCAGUUUCUGAGUUCUAUAUCAAACAUCAAUCUUUUAUUCUAGUUCAUAUGCAAGUGUAGUUUUACAUUUUUGCAGGUAAAGUUUAGCAACCCGUGGAGACUGUAGAUAUUAAUGUGUGGUUGAUGGGGGAUAAGUGUGUCCAUGUAAUGGAAUGGAAUGUAAAAAGAAUAGAAUGAGAAUAAGAAGACAAAAUAAUCCAAAAGCUGCAUAUGUUGCACUUUGUGCAGAAAUUGAAUUUUAUAAAUUCUUCAUUGUUCAUUGUGUAGCAUAUUAUUGCUGUGGCAAAUGUGUGACCUUACUAAAGAACGCUGGAGGUGUGUCUUUCAAGUGGGUGGUUAAAAACUUUCUCCAUGAGUAAAUGAGGAAUGCUGAAAGAUCUUGCAGAAAUGCGCUCAUUCAGAGAGAUUGAUGAACGGAGAGGGACGGAGACAAACAGAAGCAUGAGGCUAGAUAAAGAGAAGUCGGAGAGAGUCACAGCAGUACAGAGGGGGAGAUGAU